AAUGGCGGCGGCAGAGAAGUUGGGCCAAGUUUGUGUUUUGCAGCUUUCAGGAACAGAAGGUGUCUACAAUGUGCCUAAGAGUAAAACAUCUGAAGCACUUUGUCCUGAAGCUGAAAAAAGUGCUGACUGUUCACUAUUUGAGAACGAUGAGCCAGUAAAAGAUUCUUGUGAAAGCAGGAACUCCUCCAGCAGGCAAAGUAUUCCCAAGCAGCUGGAAGUUCCUAACACACUGAACACAGAUACCAGUUCACACGGACAGGCACCGCAGAUCGAAGGUGUGACUCCAUUUUUAGAGACAGAGGAAGCAUCCUGUGCACGUGGUGAUGAGAGGAGGGACCCUGAUAAUUCCACGUCCGUAAUGUCAGCAUGCAUUAGCACAGUACUGGAGAAUAUAUCCAAUGCCAGCAUUGCAAGUGAAAUGCAAGAUACACCAAAUGAACCUCUGUGUAAAUUACAAAGGAAAGAGAUGCCUACAACAUGCCAAGAACUUCAGAACUAUAGAAGUAGCCUUGCGAUGGAACUCUUGUGGCUGCAACAAGCCAUUGCUAGCCGUAAAAAUGACAUUUUAUCUUUCUCGAACAAGAUGUGGUGUUUCAAGGUUAAUAUUACUAAUUGGGGGUCUGGGUGUGAGGAUGAAUUUAACACAGAUUUUGUUGUAAAAGGCAAUCUAAUUUGUGCCCCUGGUUUUCUUUAGUAAGGUUCUGAUUGCUCGCUGAGGAGAGAAUGCACGGAAUAGAAGCCGGGAAUCUCCCUAAGGAAAUAAAAGAAUUAAAUGCCUGUUGUGCUUAAUUCUCUACAUUUUAUACAAGAGGAAAGCUGAGCAGAAGCCUGGAAUGGGCUAUUAGGCAAAUCCUUGAAUAAGAACCAUAAAUUAAAAUAUAUACUCUGUGUGUCUGUUUAUUUUGGAAUACUGUCUAAUAGUUUCUGUUGUUAUUUUGAUAAUUUCCAGUUGUUACAGAACUUUUCCUCUCCACCUAUUAUCCAUGAGAAAAAAUCAUUAAAAUAUAUUUUUAUAUUAAAUGUAGAGUAAUUCCCUUUUUUCCUGUUUACACCCCUCACGUGGACACUUUAUGAGAAGUAGCAAUAAUCUCCAUCCCUCAAGCACAAUUCUUGUCUUAAAAAUGAUAAAGACUGUCAGCAUUCCCAGCUGUCAAUCUUCAGUUGCAGUUGGUAAUAAAAUUUUGAUCAUGAUUGGAUUUCCAGGAUCUUCAUCACAAUAUUUCAUCUCAUAGCAUUAUAUACACCCGGUGGUCUUAUACGCCAGCCUGUACAAUCCACAAAAAUUAUUAGGGUAAAGGUCAAAUGGCCAGAGUUGCCCUUCUUACCUGCUGCCCUUGGACCUUUGGCUUUUGCUAACCAUGAAAAAUAAUAAUUGGAGGCUAAGCGGAAGCUGCCUCUUCUGGAGAUUGGAACAUAUUUCACCCGUUUCUUGUCUAGUUGAAUAUUCCUGGGCCAGGUAGACCAUAAUAGCUUGACACUUGGUUCAUCUCCAUUAGAAAUCCCUGUGGUCAGGGGUAGUUACCCACUAGAGGGCAGAGAGACUACCUUGUUUAGGAUUACAGUACCAUAUAGCAAUCAUUUUAUUCCUAAUGUUCAUUGCCCUUCUAAUACAUAUUCCUAACAACACAACUUUUAGGUUUAUUUGUGAAAAUUUGGACCAGCAAUUUAAAAAUAAGGCUGAUGGUAAGAGCAUUUUUAAAAAAUUCAUCUUAAGGUCCAUUGCCUGUUGUUUGGCCAUUUUCUUGCUUUUCUGCAUUGUUUGGGUAAAACCCCCUGUAUAUCUCCAUCCAGGUUUCUAUUGAAAUUAAAGUAGUCAGGAGAAUUCUCAAAUAAUUUCUGACAGUGUUCACACACUAGGAUUUUCUGUAUAAUGCUCUUGGCCUGUGUUGUACUACUGUUUCUGUUGCUUUGAGAAACAAAAUGCAUUGCUGCCAUAAGCUAUUUUUACAAAUGGCCUACAGCACAAGAAAGCUGUCAUUGGGAUCCAAGUCAUCAAACAGAAUCAUAAAACAGGAGGCAGGGCACAUACAGAUGUUCUCCAUUCAUUGUGGACUUUGAGUAAUUUGUCAUCAUGGUUUUGGUUUAAUAUUAUUGUCACAUGUACUGAGGUACAGUGAAAAACUUUGUUUUGCAUGCCAUCCAUACAAUGUACAACAGUACAUUGAGGUAGUACAAGGGAAAACUAACAAAAUGUAAAAUAAGAUUACAGAGAAAGUGCAGUGCAGGUAGACAAUAAGCUGCAAGGUCAUAAUGAGGUAGACUAUGAGGUCAAGAGUCCAUCUCAUCGUACUAGGGGACCAUUCAAUAGUCUUACAACAGUGGGAUAGAAGCUGUCCUUGAGCCUGGUGGUAUGUGCUUUCAGGCUUU